AUGCGCAGAGCAUACGCGGAGAACAAAGAAAGGGACCAGAUGGUAUCUUUUGCGAGGAUUGAUCUCACUACUUUCAAAAUGUAAAAAGCUACAGGCUGGAACCUGUGACAGCCUCAUCCGAUACUAUUCGAAAGUCUUGCCGAUAAGAAUCUUCAAUCGAUUCCUGGGCUGAAAGAAUCACACCCAGUGUCCGAAAGCUGCAAGGAUUGGCUUCGCCACUGUCAGCACGUACAAGGUUGCGGGCUGGAACCUGUGGGAGGCUCCUCUGAGACCAACCGAGAAUCGAAUUAAUGACGAUCUUCGAUUGAUUCCUGAGCUGAAAGAGUCACACCCAAUGUCCGAAAGCCUGGAGGAAAUGGCGCUUCCUUUUUCCAAACCGUAA